GGUGCUGCUGGGACAGAGCACCUUCGCUCCCAGCUCCUGGAUCCUGGGUCCCAGCCACAGGUGGCUAAUGUCACCGAGCAGCUCUCGGGGGACAUGGAGAUCACCAGGCCACGUGGAGGCGGUGGGGUCAUCACUUCGGUUUUGUCUUGGCAGAUUGACCCCGAUGAUGUUCUCACAAAAGAAGAGCAGAUCUAUCUCCUGGUAGAAGCUAAGGAGAAAUGUCAGAGAGACAUAAAAGCCCAGCUGGAGCAGACCAAAGACACCAGCUGCCUUCCAGAGUGGGACGGGAUUAUCUGCUGGCCAAAGGGCUCCCCCAGCCAGGAGGUGGCGGUCCCCUGCCCCGACUACAUCUACGACUUCAACCAUAAGGGUCAUGCCUACAGGUACUGCAGCGCCUACGGGACCUGGGCCAUGGCUCUCAGCACCAACAAGACCUGGGCCAAUUACACCGAAUGCGCUUUGCUCUUCUCCUCCGAGAGCCGGAGCCGCGAGAAGGAGGUGUUUGACCGCCUGCACCUCAUGUACACCGUCGGCUACUCCAUCUCCCUGGCCUCCCUCAUCGUCGCCGUCUGCAUCCUCUCGUACUUCAAGCGCCUGCACUGCACACGCAACUACAUCCACGUCCACCUCUUCACCUCCUUCAUCUGCCGGGCGGUGUUCAUCUUCGUGAAGGACAUGGUGCUCUACUCAAACACGCUGGCCAGCGAGACGGAGAAGAUGCAGGAGGACGACUUCAAGGCAGAAAUGGGUCCCUCGCCAGGACAACGGAGCCACCUGGUUGGCUGCAAGGUGGUGGUGACUCUCUUCCUCUAUUUUCUGGCCACCAACCACUACUGGAUCCUGGUGGAAGGUCUCUACCUUCACAGCCUGAUCUUCAUGGCCUUCCUCUCCAACAAGAGCUACCUGUGGGUCCUCAUCAUCAUCGGCUGGGGUCUCCCUGCUGUGUUUGUGUCUGUCUGGGCCAGCGUCAGGGCCUCCCUGGCAGAUACACAGUGCUGGGACCUCAGCGCAGGGAACAUGAAGUGGAUUUAUCAAGUCCCUAUCUUGGCCGCCAUCGUGGUGAACUUCUUCCUCUUCCUCAACAUCGUUCGGGUGCUGGCCUCCAAGCUCUGGGAGACGAACACGGGGAAGCUGGACCCCCGGCAGCAGUACAGGAAACUGCUCAAGUCCACGCUGGUGCUGAUGCCGCUUUUUGGAGUCCAUUACGUGGUGUUCAUGGCCAUGCCCUACACCGAAGUCUCCGGGGUCCUGUGGCAGAUCCAGAUGCAUUACGAGAUGCUCUUUAACUCCUCUCAGGGUUUCUUUGUGGCUUUUAUCUACUGCUUUUGCAACGGGGAGGUGCAGGCGGAGAUCAAGAAAGCCCAUUUUCGGAGAAGCUUGGCGCUGGACUUCAAGCAGAAGGCGCGUGCCACCGGCGCGGCGGGGAGUUGCUACGGCGGGCUGGCCUCCCACGCCACCACGAGCUUCAGCAUGAGCCUCGCGGGGCGAGGGGCCGGGAGCACGCAGCAGCGCGGGCUGCUGCUCCCUGCUCGGGCCAGCCUGCCGGGCUACGUCCCCAGCUCCUUUGCCUCGGGGAACUUUUCACCCUGUCCGCCCCAGGAGAUGAGCCAGAAAGCCUGCGGGGACAACAUAGGGGACUUCACAGACCUGAAUCAGCGUCACCCCAGCCUGAAAAGAGAGCUGGAGACGAUGCUGUGA